AUGGCACUCCAAGAAGCUAGCGAAGCGUACCUGGUCGGACUAUUCGAGGAUACGAACUUGUGCGCGAUCCACGCUAAGCGAGUAACGAUCAUGCCGAAAGAUAUACAGCUGGCAAGACGUAUUAGGGCGAACGUGCCUAAUGGAAUUGACGGAUUUACUAUUUGCCGGAAAGAGAGAGAGAGAGAGAGAGUACGGCGUGCGAUAAUAGGUUAUAAAAAAAAAAACGGUUCUUUUCAGAACCAUCAUAUAGUAUGUUCAGAAAAAGGGGAUCGUGUUUAUGUUAUAGUAUAUCAGAUUGUGUUUGUACGCGUGCAAUUUCGACACUAUUAUCGUGUAUGCAAAAUAGCGCUAAAUGGUUAUACGAUAGUCGCUAGUUAUUACCCCGUUAUCCUAUAUCGAAGGAUUGUGGUGCUUUGUAGUAAACCGUUACAUUGA